AUGCUCGACCUCCUCCGCACGUAUGCAGGGUGCCCCGCUUCUGGCCUCCAAUGCCUAUAUCUUCCAAACAAAACGCUUCUACUCUACCCCUCCGCAGACACCGUUGUCGUUCUCGAUGCCCGUAAACUUCUCCUCAUCCGCGCUCUUGCUUUCUGGCAAGUCUUCCCGGGCUCGCGCCACGUGAGCGACAGCAUAAAGUGCCUGUCUGUCGACUCUUCAAUGAAGCUCAUAGUGGCUUCCAUGGGCACACGUGUUGCUGCCUGGUCUCUCUCGGGAGUGCAGCAGGACGUUUGGCGCGUCCAUUCCUCCCUCACCCUUCCAGGAGGGCAUGACGUGAGUAGUUUGGACUGCAAAUCUGGUUUGCUCGCCGUCGCUAGUCAUAAUUCUCUCUCCGUUUACACGUUGAUCCUGGAAAAUGACCUCCCAACAUGGUUGAAGAAGUGGACCUGCGCCAUCGCGACGCCCUCACGCGUCCGGUUCUCACCAUCCUUGAUGUACAUGGCCACAACGUGCCAACACGAUAAUGUAGUGCGCAUAUAUUUAACUACCUCCGGCCGCCAGACCCAGGCCAUCCCUCAUCCGAGACCGGUCAUCAAUAUCACUUGGCGCCAGUCCCAGGCCUCCAGUCGGGACGAUCUCAUCCUAUACACCAUUACUUCUGACUCGACUCUGCGGAUAUUCCUUCCCAUCUUAGAUUCGCCGCAGCACGUACAGCUGCAUGCGACAUUAGAUCUCUUCUCGUCUCUCCCUCCUACAGUCCUUUCGCAAGCAUCUUCCAAUUCUGCAGAUUCCAGUGUAUUUUGGUUAGACAGAGAAAUUAUCGGAGACGCGCUCACCCACGCUGUACGCGAUGUGCCUGAUGCAGAGGAUGCAAAAAGUCGGAGAGCAAGAGACAUCAAGGAAGCGGGUUGGGACCUAUUUCUUCGAGUUUUCUCUGACGGCUCUUUGGUCAUUCGAGCUGUUGCAAAUAUAGAUCGCCGGCCCCCGACCCUUCUCAAACAAUUCACAUUACUUCAGACGUGGCCCACGACCUUUCCUUCGCCCCCUUCCCACCUUUACAUCCUCCCAAACCCUGGCGAGCCUACCCUGACCCUCGUGUCCUCAUCUCCCCUCGCUACUUACUCCCUCAAUCCGCUGAACUUUUUUGAUGCGCGUUCGGAUGGUUUAGAGCUAUGCGCACAAGGCCUAGAGCGCGUCCAGGAAGAGGACUCGCAUGUUCGUCGCUUUGUGCGCACGCCGGAUGGGCAGGGCGUCGCCGUCGUGCGCGAGGACGGCGGCGAGGUGUGGACCGUGCACGAGCAGGGGUCAAAGCUUGUGCGUGAACUUCGGUGGGCAGCCGCAGACCAUGUCGUCGUAUUAAACAGAGGUCGCACUAUUGCCACCUUCUCCAACGUUGAUCAUAUUCUCACUCUUCACACCACGCCCACCACGACUCUCGCUCUUCCUUCUAUCACGUCGUUGUUCUCUCUCCCCCCCUCGUCCGGCGAGCAUGAGUGCAUCUUCGGUGUCACGUCGGACACUACGCCGUCCAUCCUCCACAUUCAUGCCACGCUCGAACCGGCACCGUCUCUGCACCUCUUAUCGAAUACCACGCUGCCCUUGCCCUCGCCGCCUGCGUUCAUCCUGCCCGUCGAUCCGAUGGCGUGGAGCGGCAACGAGGGUGCAAACGGCGCGCACGAUGUGCUGUUGAGCGUGGGCCAAGAUGGGCAGCUGAUGUUCUGGCUCCCCGACGAAAAUCCUGGAAGGGGGUGGAGGAGCACAGGUCACGUAAAGACGGGGCGCGCGGGUAUCACGCUUGCCCGGUGUAGUUCCGCGAAGAAGUCUGCCCUCGUUGUCCCGACCGUGGAUGGCGAGGAGCUGACGAUCUGGGAUUCGAAAGAGUCCGAGUUCUCGUCCGGGCUGGAAUACAAGAUAUUCCUCUCGUCGUCGGACCCGGUCAAUGACCUGGACUGGAGCGCGACGCCUGACAGCCAGUCGAUUCUUGCCGUCGGCUUCGCGCACCGCGUCGAGCUUCUCUGCCAACAGAGGAUGACAUAUUUCGACGAAGACCCUGGCUGGGGCGUGAUCCGGACGAUCGACAUCGAGAGUUUGUUGCCGCAUCCGAUUAGUGAUUCGAUCUGGCUGGCGCACGGCUCGCUGCUCGUGGGCUCUGGCCAUCAAAUGGUCCUCUUCGGUCGAUCGCCACAACCGCGACCCAUCGAAAAUGAGGAGCCUCCAGAUAGCCUCUUCGAACACGUCGCACGGUUGAAUGGUCCUCUAGGAGACUGUCAUCCUCAGAUGCUUCUCCAGUGCUUGCUGUGGGACAAAGUGGAGUUGGUCAAGGAGGUCAUCGUCAACCUCGCGCAAGAUCUCAAGAAAGUCCGAGCGAUGGAGGCCGAGAGGUUCCAUUCCACCAGCGUUCCAAUUGACCAUUUUUUGAGGAUGGAUCAAAUCACCAGCAGCAAAAGGAAUCAUCGCCGUCAAUAUUCGUCUCUAUUUGCUAUUCCAGAUCAGAACGACGAACCGGACGAUGAGAGCUUCUCACGAUCACUGGUUGAGAAGCUGCUAGAAGAAUUAGAAGCAAAUCCUUUACCCCACCUCACGCCGAACGAGCACGCACACCUCCUUGUCCUUAUUCAAACGACGCUGGAAGUCGACGAGUCCCGCCGGGCCCUGGACGCGAACGGGUUGCGAUAUCUGAUAUCUAUGCGGUCCUUCUACAUACUCAAUAGACGUGCGUCUGCGCCGAGCAGCCCUGAAUCGAAAGGGGGCGUCGCGCGGCGCACCGGGCGUAGGGAGCGACUGCGGUUCAGAGAUAUGAUCUGGGCAUUUCAUAGCGAGAGCCAGGGCCUGCUUCUAUCCUCGUCCUCUGCAGCUUGCAAUAACAAAAUGACAUGGUCAGAUGCGAGGGCGCUAGGCGUGUUCGUGUGGCUCAAUUCGCUGGAGAUCAUGAAAUCGCAUAUGGAAAUCAUUGCCCGGAAUGAGUAUAUGGCUGGAGACGCUCGUGAUCCUGUCGCCUGUUCGCUCUUCUAUUUUGCGCUCGGGAAGUCCAAGCUCGUACAUGGGUUGUGGAGGCAGGCUGCCUGGCACAAGGAGCAAUCGGUCAUGCUGAAGUUCCUGUCAAAUAAUUUCAGCGAACCCCGUUGGCAAACAGCUGCACUCAAGAACGCGUAUGCCUUGCUCAGCAAACGCAGAUUUGAAUACGCGGCCGCUUUCUUCCUGCUCGGGGGAAGCCUCAAGGAUGCUGUCAAUGUCUGCAUCAAACAGCUAGAUGAUUUUCAGUUGGCUAUUGCCUUGGCACGGAUCGUCGAACAAAGCGAUGACGGGCCGAUUCUCCAAGAUAUUUUGAACAAUACUGUAGUCCCCGUCGCUUUCAGGAAGGGUAAUCGCUGGCUUGCAAGUUGGGCGUUUUGGCUGCUUCAUCGCCGAGAUUUGUCUGUCAGGAUACUCGUGACACCCCUGCAAGACAUCGCGAGUUCUCUUGACGUUCGUAUCCUGGAUAUCGGAAGUCCACAUUAUGACGAUCCCAGUCUGGCUCUGCUGUUCUCUCAGCUCAAGUCAAAGACGCUGCAGACUGCCAAGGGCACGAGCGAAAUCUCAGGCCAGACCGAGUUCAAUUUCGUGCUGCAAAUAGCGAGGGUGUUCAUCCGGAUGGGGUGCCACGUUCUAGCAUUGGACCUGGUCCGCUCCUGGUCCUUCGACAGACCUUCGACGGUCGUGCGCGAGCGUCCGGACGCCCCUCCCAGUCCCACAUCUCCUCGUCGGCUGUUUGCCUUGGAACCCGCAUUGCGCCGGCGGUCCUCAAUCAUGAUCGACAUGGAUGUGUCGACCGCGCCUCCGACCCGAAGAGCCUCUCCCGAGCGUCGCGCCUUGGACGACGUCCCAGAAGUCGCUCCGAAGGCGCCCAUUAAAGAGGAAAGCGACCUGUUUGCGCGGAAGGCGGGGCUGGGCAGCUUGAUGAAGUCUGCGAAGGAACAUGUCCAAGUACCGGAGUUCGACGCGAGCGCAUUCUUCUGA